CUCCGGUGCUACCUUCUAUCUAUCCCAUUUCAAGUCCUCACCGAUUGGUUCCAUCCUCUCAGUUACUAGUUACAAAGAAUUCAUUUAUGGGCUAAUGACCUUGCGUUGCAAGGUCGGGUCUUGGAGCGGAGAAACGCACCUAGUAUGGCACAGGUCAGGUUCUCAAUCAGAAGGUCAUUGAUGUACCAUUAUGGCUCUGGGUCAUCUUGAGAGUUUUCAUUCCUCCGAAUUGGGUGUUCAUUUGGUCUUGAACUCGCAAAGUAAAGCGGGAAAUAUGCCAGAGACAAAAGCGCAACCAAGGCUAAAUGACAUUGGAUCAAAUUUCAUUUAGUUUGAGGCUCCGCUUCCCUUACCCCCACAGGAACGAGCACCGAGACCAGCCUCGUUUCUCCUCCGGAAACAUCGAAGUGCGCAAACAUGAUGUCCCAGCCUCCACCUGUUCGGCACUGGCCUGGUGGAAUUCCACCAUCAAUUCGAAUCCAGCCGGAUGGCGAGCGAUCUGAGGAUGCUGAGAUCGAAGACAGUAGGGGAUGGUUGCUAUUUGUGAAGGAAGAAUGGAGGACGCGUGACGACACUGGCAUUCCGGCAGACGAUAUGGAGUAUGAGCUGCGACAACGACGACUCCUGAUCGAGAGAUGGGCAUCUGCCGAGCAGAGCUUCCGCGAUUCUUAUCAUUCUCGGGCGCCUUUUCCAGAGUCACCGAUCGACUAUCCUCAACACGCUCUGGACCGAAUCACGGACACAAAGCAGCGCGCGGGUCAAGUCUACUGCUUGGCGCCUGUCACGAAGGAUCACCCGAGAAACCACACACGGUGGCUCAAAAUCCAAAUUAUGCUCUACAACCUGGAUGGUGAGUACGGUCAUAUAAUGUAUCCGAACGACGAUGUAGUCGUUGCCGAGCAAAACCCUGCCAUCGCGCGCCCCGAUGGUCUCCACAAAACCGAUUUCAUGUCAUGGAAAUACCUUGAAACAGCAGACUUUCAAGCUCUGACCAUGACAAGGUUUGGAAUGGUACGGUUUCUAAGAGGUCGCUGGGCCCAAUUCGUUGUUGAUCAGGAGGGCCUGGAGACUGGUCUUUUGUCACUGGUAGAUUUCUUGCCCAAUGGACAAAUCGAGAUAGAGAUGCUUCGUCGACCAUUUAACCUGAUUGGUGUCAUGCGUUUUAUGUAUGGACUCGGUUGGAAUGUUAGCAGGUUGAAGUUUGAAAAUACUGGAGGUUAUGACUGGGCCAAUGAACCAAUGGAAAUGGAUGAUCCGAUCCUUGAUAUCCUUGAGACUGCACUUGACCUGUCUGAGAUGGUUGAUAUGGACGGUGAUCGGAAUCAAUUCGCAGAGGAUAUCGAGCUUUAUGCUCCGGGAUAUCUUGAUAUGGAGGCAGCGGGUCGCGCGGAGGCUUAUAAUGUCGCCUGGCUACGUGAUGGAGAAGAAGCGGCUGAAAUCUACAAUGCACGCCAUUGAGAAAAGCUUCCAAUCGGGUUUAAUGUAAAGAGUGUAAUUCCACCAGCACGGCACCGUUUGUGAUGUCUCAUAUAUCAGCUGCUCGGAAUCCAUUAUCAACGAGAUGGUAGACUAUAUCAAGCUUUGUGCUUUGUUUUAUCCUUCA